GGUGUUUUUGUUUACGCUUGGCGUGGUCGUGCAGGUGUGUGUAACGGACAACCACCGGACACGACGCUUCGCAAUCGAUCGACCCCCACUACACCAUAGUUACCGCGCCCACGACAGAGACAACGCGAACACGGACAGCCUGUAGCUACACACCGUACACCGCGAAAUCAAGACACCGAACGCACCUUGCAAUCUUAGCCCCACCAUCUUUUGUUGUUGAGACGGCCGCCCUCGCGGAGAGUAACGAGCGAUGGCUUUCAACCCUCGCCAGAGCAACAUGUUCCGGUCGUCACAGGGGAACAAUCCCAAGACGCCGGGGUCAAUGGUGAACAAGAAGCAGAAGCAGCAGCAGCAGCAGCUGGAGCACGAUCUAAUUCUCAAAACCAACGACAUCAUCGAGUGUCUCGCCGAGCUCGGCAUCAACUUCACGAUGGACGACCUGAACAAGCCGACGCCGAUGCGAGUGCAGUACCUAUUCGAGCGCUUCGUCAACUCGCUUAUGGGCGUCAGCCGGGAGUCCGUCGAGCCGAUAAUACAGGCGGCGACGGGAGAGCAGGAGUACCCCGAGGCGCAUUACGACUCGGCCAUGGUCACGGCGUUCUACUCGUCGCUGCUGGCGCUGAUGGUCGAGUGCGGCGUCCGCGACUUCUCGUUCAACGACCUGACAAAGCCCGAGACCGAGCGGCUGAAGUUUAUCCUUUCUAACGUGAUUAACUUUUUGAGGUACCGCGGCGGGAAGACAGACCACACCGAAGCGCUGCUGCUGCGCGGAGAACAGACGCGGGAACAGAUCGAGCGCUUGCACGACGAGAACGAGUUGCUCGCCAAGCGGGUGGCCGACAUGAAGGCGCAGCGGAAGCGGGAGGAGCCCGUACUCGACCAGGCCAAGGCGAAGAACAAGCAGCUCACGGAAGAACUCCGGGAACUCGGGCGGAAGCAGAACGUGUUGGCACAUGAGGUCACGAAGGUUAAGGACGAGAAGCAAUUGCUCGUCAAGGCUCUCCAGGACCAGGAGUACCUGAUCCAGGCGAACCGGCAAGAAUGUCAGAAGCUUCAGCCUUACAUUGUUGAUUCACCGGAACAGCUGCAGCUUGUCAUCACAGAUCUCGUCAAGUCGCUCCACCGCGAGAAGGAGGCGGUGGACGCGGCGGAACGACAGCGCCGCGCGCUACAAACGUCGUCGGAUAGUUUCUCGAUUGUCGAGGUGGAUGUUGGGAACUGCAUCAAGCUCAUGGAGGAUUGUCAAAGGGAACUGAUCCGAAUGGAGGAGUGCCAACGCAAGUUGCAACGCUAUCAGGAACAACUUCACAACAAGGAAUCCGAGGUGAAGGAGAUUGAAAGGAACGAAGAGCGUCUGCGAAGAACCCUCGCGAAUGCAGAGGAGAAGCUUACACGGGCCAGGAACCAAGCGGUUGCUCGGCGGGAGGCAACCAAAGAGGACAUGGAGAAGCUGAAGGCAGAGUACCUUGCGCUCUCCGAGGAGCGCUCAGCCACAAACCGACAGAUCGACAAGAUCAAUUCCAAGACCGACAUCAAGCAGAAAGAGGUACGGGAGUGCCUCUCUGAUGUGUACUACUUGUUUAUUCUAACUCGUGUGGUCCCGUCACAGAUGGCAGAGCUCAAGGGCAAGCUGGAGGAAGAGUACUCCUUGGCGAAGGUGGAAUACGACCGACUGCGCGCCCAUAUCGACCUGUACAUGACAAAGCUGGAGCAGAUGAUGCAUACGGCGUCGCAGUGAACGGUUGUACCUUCUUUCGGUGAUGAUAUGGGUUUAAUGUAUGGCCAGCUGGAUUCGCUAUUGUACUUUUCCGGGGAGCAACUCUUUUUUUUUAUUUUUAAUGCGCAAUGAGAUACCUUGCUUUUUGCUUUUAUGU